AACACAAAAAUGGUGGGUGCUGAAAAUGAUAAUCACGAUCGUAAAAAAAUAGACAUUAAAGAAAGCAUGGAUAAUAAUCGACAAAAUGGAGAAUUAAUUUCUGCAGAGAACAACGAAGAAAGAAAUGUAAAUGCAGAUAUUGACGAACAAAGAACAAAGAAGCAUCAACCAACAUGGCUAGAAUCGUUUUUUGCUAUUACAAAAUCGUUAAUUAUACGUGCUCUCAUUAUUUAUUUUAUCAGUCAUUUGCUCAAACGAGUUCAAAUUGAUAAUACUCAAUUGACUGGCAAUAUCAACCCAACACACUUACAAACUGAAAACAUAUUUGAAAAUGGAACAUUAUUUGAUUUACAUGUUUAUUUAUCAGAAUCAGAAAAUUUUAAACAGUUUGAUGAUCCAAGAACAUUAAUAUGGUUAGAACGAGGAUUAAUAUAUGGAGAUUGGAACAGUGGACCACUUAAAGAUGGAUCAAAAGUUAAAAGCUAUAAAUUUAAUCCAUCUGAUCAAUUAAAAAAUAAUGGCUCUAUAUAUCUUCAUGCGUAUGUUACAAAAACUGGAAAAUCUCCAAAUCCUAAACUGGGAAAAAAUAUAUAUGCAGGAGAUUAUAUGUCAUACUCUAGAAAAAUGUUAAAUAAAUUUAAAAAGAUUAGGUAUCAGAAAAAGCACAAUUUGUUAACUGGUGAAACUACCGCAAGUAAAGUAGAAAUUGAGAAAGCGGAACUAAUGAAUCAAGAAUAUUUAUCACAUUGGCAUCCAAAUUUAACUAUUAAUUUAGUAAUAGAUCACAGUAAUUGGUUAUAUGGUUUAAUUUCACCACCUUUUGAUAAAUAUAUUCACUUUCUACCUGGUGAAAAAUACUAUAAACCCGUAAUAUACAUGAAUGAUUUUUGGAAUAUGCAAAAAGAUUACCAGCCUCUAAAUGAUACUGUAAAAGAACUUGAAUUGAAAUUAACUUAUCAACCACUUUCAUUAUUUAAGUGGCAAAUUUAUGUAAGCCAAACAAUGAGAAAUAUAUGGUCAUCUUCGCUUAUGGGAGAUUCAACAGAUGAAGAUGACAAUGAUGAAGAUAUGUUGAAAGAAACAUUAUUAGAAACAAAUCCUUAUUUGUUGGUCCUAACAAUAAUUAUUUCAGUAUUACACAGUGUAUUUGAAUUUUUAGCAUUUAAAAAUGGUGAGAAAAAAAAUAAAUUUUUUAAUUAUAAUAAAUUAUAAAUAAUUUUAUAUACUGUAUUUUUCAAUGUUUUUCAAUCACUGAUCAUUUUAUUAUAUGUUGUUGACAACGAUACAAAUACCAUUAUUCGUAUUAGUUGUGUAAUAGGUCUGUGCAUAGAAGUGUGGAAAAUCAAUAAGGUCAUAAAUAUUAAUGUUGAUAGAAAUUCAAAAAUACUUGGUAUCUUUCCAAAAAUAAGUUUCCAUGAUAAAGGAUCAUAUGUAAAAUCUUCUACGAAAGAAUAUGAUAGGCUUGCUUUUAAAUAUUUGUCAUGGACACUUCAUCCUCUUUUGGGAGGAUAUGCAAUUUAUUCAUUAAUGUAUUUGGAACAUAAAGGAUGGUAUUCUUGGGUUCUUAGUAUGCUUUAUGGGUUUUUAUUAACAUUUGGAUUUAUUAUGAUGACACCACAAUUAUUUAUUAAUUAUAAGUUAAAAAGUGUAGCACAUCUUCCAUGGCGCAUGAUGUCUUACAAAUUUUUAAAUACGUUUAUUGAUGAUAUCUUUGCAUUUGUUAUAAAAAUGCCAACAUUAUAUAGAAUUGGUUGUUUUCGCGAUGAUAUCGUUUUCUUCAUAUUUUUAUACCAAAGAUGGAUAUACAAAACUGAUCAUACUAGAGUAAAUGAAUAUGGUUUUUCUGGUGAAAUGGAAGCUAAAACAAUUAAAGACAAAAAACAAGAAUCUAUUAAAAAUCGUCCAAAAAGUGAAGUAAAUAAAAAAAAUGAGUAA